AAAGAUUUUGUGCGGAGGGUGUGGAUGGCGAAGGCGUUGGGUCAGUGGAGGGCACUGGAGCCGUGGAGGGGGCCGGAGUCGUGGAGGGCGCCGGAGUCGUGGAGGGCGCCGGAGUCGUGGAAGGGGCCGGAGUCGUGGAGGGCGCUGGAGUCGUGGAGGGUGCCGGAGUCGUGGAGAGCGCGGGAGUCGUGGAGGGUGCCGGAGUCGUGGAUGGUGCCGGAGUCGCAAGGGGUGCCGAAGUCGUGGACGGUGCCAGAGUAGAAGCAUUUCCCGAUGAAGAUGCUGUGGGAGCAGGCGCUGUUCCAGAUGGCGGCGUGAGAGGCAAAGACAAGCCCCGUGAAAGAGUAGCUGCAGACGCGAUGGCAUCAGAUGAUGGCUGGCUCACUGAAGUUGGCGCGUUGAUGGCGCCAAACGUAGCAGUAGAGGAACCCGCGAGUUGGCCAGAAGGUACUGUAAGCCCAGUAGGCAGCGGAUUGGGCGCAGGAGCAGUCGAUGGCUCUGCCAUGACGAGCUCAACAAGCAGUCGAGAGGCGGCGGAGCACGAUCAAAAUUAA